AUGGACGAAUCGGAUUUAUUAAAGGAUGCUAAAUAUAAGAGUUUCGUCGCUUUAGUCGACAAAUCACUGAAAAGUUUCGAAUAUUCUGCAGAAUGGGCUGAUCUCAUAUCUGCACUUGGACGCCUUAUUAAAGUUAUUCAGUCAAACACGAAAUCUGGUUACAUACCCCGAAGUUUUGUUAUUGGUAAACGCCUUGCUCAAUGUCUUCAUCCUGCUCUACCUGCUGGUGUUCACUGCAAAGCUCUGGAAUGCUACGAUGUAAUUUUUCGUACUUUGGGACCUGAACGUAUCGCCAAUGAUCUUCCUAUUUACGGUUCUGGCUUAUUCGCACUUCUUGAACCAUCUGCUAUGACAGUUAAACCGCCACUAUUUAACAUCUAUGAGGAGCAUUUACUUCCUCUUGGGAAAUCACUUCAUCCACCAUUUCUAGGGCUUUUGAAGGGUUUGUUACCGGGUUUGGAACCAGGAGCGGAAUUUUUCGAACGUGGUAAUCGAAUGCUAGAAAUGUUUAGUACCUCUGUGGGACCAGCAUUCUUUUAUACAUGCUUGUGGAAGCUUUUAAUUCAGUCUCCUUCUAUUCGACAGUAUGGUAUUUCAUUUGUUAUUAGCCAUCUAAAUAGGCGUAAACCGUUAGAAGCUCAAAGUUAUAUCUAUGGAUUGGAUAAAAAUAUUCUUGUGGAAAGUUUAUGUUGUCUAUUCGGUGACAGUGUCCUACUGGUACAACGUGAUGCUCUUGAUUUCCUUCUAUUAGCACUACCAAUUCACUUCCAUUCCAUUUCGACGACAAAUUCAAAUCCAUUUCAAUUUAUUACUGGUGAUUCAUUGACUAUGAAAGAUUUCGCCGUGUUGUGUACAGCAUCUUUGGCUAUUUUAUUACGUCGUGAUGCAUCAUUGAAUCGUCGUUUAUUUACAUGGCUCAGAGGUGGGCAGUUAGUAGAGGGAAUGGUUGUCAAUGGGGAAGAUAACCAUGUCAAGGGUGGUGUAAGUAAAGCAUCAAUGACAUGGGCAGAUGUAGUCAUGUAUAUAAAAGAUAAUGAACAUUUAAUGGCUGCUCAUGAUGUGAAUGGAAAUAUUAUGGACGACAAUUUCACUUCUCAACAUUAUUUUAAAGUGUAUUCACAAAAAAUUUUAAUUGAAUCUGUUCGUCGUUUGAUCCAGAAUCCUGUUUGUUUACCGAUCCCCUGUCAACCAAAUGAAGACAAUUUAAGCUGUUUCUCUAAAUCUGUUUUCGGAUCAGAUUUUUCAGCCUUAGUUAUAGAGCGUAGUAUUUCAGAACGUCCAUUUCGUGUUUUAGUUGGUCUUACUGAUCAUGCAGAUAUUACUAACGGAAUAUUAGAUAGUAUCUUAUUGGAUAUUUUAUGGUAUACGUAUAGAAAUUACAUGAAAUUACGUUGGCAGACAACAUGUUGGUUGAAUUCAAAUCAGUUGUCUAGCCUACGUCGUGAUCCUACCUUAACUGUAUCGGAUUUAGUGAAUCGUCCUAGUCUAAACGAGAAACUCUUGCCAAACAAUAUGAUCAGUCUAAUUAAAGAUCAUGUUUUAAUUCGGGAUAGUGCAAAGCCAUCAAGUUUACGCAUUGAUAACCAGGGUAGAAAUAUCAUGUCAUCAAAUAAUCCAUCGAAUUCAGAAUACGAUACAAACGAUUUAGUAGUGGAUAGAGAAGAUACAAUUUCAUCGUCAGAGUCAACUGGUAAAAAGCACUCAACACAACCUACAAAUCAUACCGCCAGCAGUAAUGUGGUCGAUGAAUUUUUGCGUACAGCUCAUCUGUUUUUCAGUAAUAUGAACAGUGAAUUUUUAUGGAGAUUUAUUGAAAGUCAAUUCACUGACUUACUACUGAGGAACACGUCGAUGAAGCAGCAAGAAACUUCAUUGUCAUCAUCAGGUGUACAUGAGAAUUGGCAACAACCAGUCUUAAAGUUAUCAUUAAGUCAAUGGUGUUCAAUAGUGCAUUUCUUGUUGAACUGCUUACCAAUUGAUAUGUAUCCAAGUGUAUGCGGUCGUUAUCUACCCGAUUUAAUUACACACUUAAGCAGUUGUUUAAUUGAAAAGCUUCAAGUCAAUUAUGGAGAUAAUCAAAAUUAUCAUCAUGAUAUUCGAAAUACAUCAGAAAGUAAACUUUCACCAUCAGAAUGGGCUAGUAUAAUUGGUUGUCUAGAUACUAUUGUACAUCACAUACGAGAGUAUGCAGUGACAAUGCUUGAUCAAUUGUCAAUUCCAGUUAAUUUUAAACGUCAAACAGAGGAUAAUCAAAUUUCUGAAGAGUUAAUGAUUAUAGCAAAAGCUGUGGGUCGAUUUCGACGUUUUCUUGGCAUAUUUUGUGUGCAUGUUUUAAAUUUUUCACCAGUUAAGAUGAAUGAAUUUGUGCAUAAAAUCUGUAUUGACCAACACCAAGACGAUGUUUUCAUCAUAAAGGAGGAAUCGAAGGUAAACAGGGAAUGUACAAGUGCCAAUGAAAAAGAGACUGAUGGAAAAUUCCGUGUAAAGUAUGAACAGCAGUCAUUAUCUACGACAUCAUCAGUUAGUUUCAUUGAUCUUUUUGCACAAAUUUGUCGUCUCAUCGUGGAAAUGUCCAACUUCCCUUUGCCUAUAAUUCAUCAAUCCAAAAUGCUGUCAACAGUAAGAAGGAGAAAAUCAAUAGUAUCCAGUGAUUAUUCUGAUCCUUCAAAUAUUAGCUUCUUAGACCUUUUCGGUGGUGAACUUGCUCAACAUCCUGAAUCAGAUACUGAGCAAGGUGAAUUUAUUUUACCACAAUGGCUUGUUUGUCUGCUGUAUGCAUCAGCUGAAUUGGAUAAUUUCAAUAUAAAAUCAAUCGCUUUGUACACGUUAAUUGAAUUAUUCCAUGCAGCUGUCUCUAUUCAUGGUUGGAAUACAGAAUUUAAUCAUUCUAUGGAAAAGAAUAGUAACAACAAAAACAAUCAUGAUAAUCAUCAUCAGCCAGUCCAUAUGAACAAGAAUAAUAAUGAUGGUAAUGUUGUUAUUAACCAUGAUGAUAAUGGAAAUAACGAAGGUAAAUUAGACAGUCUGUUGGAAGAGAGUAAAAGCCAACAACAAGAACAACCAACGCAGAAUGGAAUGCGUUUAGUAUUUCCAGUAUUAAGUGGAGAAUUAAUGGCUUAUCUUUGUCAGAAAACAAAUUUAUUCACAUAUCUAGGUGUUUCACUGUGGAAUUAUCUCUCCCCAGAACAGUCUGCAUUUCAUGAAGAUACUGUCAGUUUAUUAGUACGUCUACAUCAAUUAGCUCCACCUUUGCCUAAAUCUACUUGUAGUGUUAAUUUUUCAACACCUGGUCCAUCAAAAUUUUCAUCUACUGUCAGUUCAUGUAUUGAAGGAUUUAUUCUUUCACAAAUGCUUUCAUCAAAUAUAGACACACAAAUAAAUGCACAUUCACGUUAUGCAUUAUUAUGGCAUUUAAUGAGAUAUUAUGGUUCACGAGUUCAAUCAAAUUCAGUAGUUCAACAAUAUAAUACUUUAAAUAAACGGAUCACGUAUCCACCUUCACAACAAGAUUCUUUUAAAAUGAUAAAUCCAUUUCCUAGUUCAAUAGCAGCUGUAUCCUGGAGACGUAGUUUUCUUGUUUCAUCUGGUGUUAAGAAAAUUGGUCUUGCUGAUGCUGCUUCAUCUCCUGGGCAAGGUUUAUAUGAUAUUCCUUUUUACAGAUGUACCCAAUUGUUACUGGAUCAUUUGGACUAUGACACUCCAUGGGGUCCAGUUGGUUCAAUUGGUUCCGUUGGCCUGGUUAACUCACAGACAUCUCAACUUAAUCCUAAUUUACAUACUCUGGGUAGUAGAUGUGAGGCAAAAGAAGACACUUGUGAAGAUUAUGGUCAAGUCGAUCAACCGAAUAGUUUUUGCAAUUCUAUUUUACGUGAACAAUCAGUUCUAUGGAUGGAGAAAGCUUUACAAACUGGCCAGGUGGAUCGUUUAAUAGCACCAAUCUUAGCUGCAUUAUUGCAUCCAACAACGGCUAGAAUCAGUCUUAAAGCCCACGUGUUAAAGCAUUGCUAUCAACAAGUUAAAGCAGUGAAACAAAGCAAAACGUCGUGUAAUGAUAUGAAUGAUGCAAUGACGAAAUCAGCUUCUACAAAAGAUACUGAUUGUGAACUCCCUUCAUAUGAAGAGGCUGUCAAUGAAACGUAUGAUGCGAAGAUGAAACGAUCGAGUUCUAAAUCGGAUUUUUCACACUCUAAUCAAACUGUGCAAUCAGAAAAAUUCAACAAUCUAAUUAAUUCAAUUCAUGCUAAAUUUCGUCGUCGUUGUUCUACAGAUGAAGAAGCUGUUGAUGACAAAAACUUAAAAGAUUUACACAAUACUAAACAACAAGCUGCUGAAGCUGUUCUUAAUUCUGUAUUAUCAAUGCGUUUAAUGCAAGCAGAAGAGGAUCACUCACCGUUAGAUUAUAUAACUGACUGGCAUCAAGAUUCUAAUUCACUUUCAAUGUUACCGGUUAAUGAACACUUAUUAGUUUAUCUACAGAAUUACGAUUCCAAUCAAGUUAUUUAUGCGUUUUCUCGUCUACGAGCAAUUCUGUGCAUAGCACCUGGUUUAUUUGUUCGUUCACUUGCAAUGUGUCCAAUCAAUUCAUUGUCGUGUUUCAAUUUCUAUGGUUUAAAUUUUAUUGAAUUACUAUCUAGACAUCGUCGUUCAUUAGGCGGUUGGAAUUUCUAUUUAGCUGCUAGUGUAGAUGAAUUAAAUUUUUCUUUACAAAUAUAUACAAACUUAUUGGAAUUAAUUAUAGAUUUAUGCUUACAAUAUAUGUGUAGUUAUCUGCCUUACAUUACCACAACAACAACAACAGCAGCAACUACAACUACUAUGGACACCACUAAUCCGGCUGAUGUUGCUUCUACACUUUCAAAUACAAAAUCAUCUGUAGACGGUAUCGACAAGACAACUGUUAACUUUGGUCAUCGUCACGGCUUUUCAAGACGUGAAUUUCGUGCUAAUCAAUUUGUACAAAAUACAGCUGCACAAAUUUUAGAAUUAAUUGUUAAGGAAUUGAUAUGUAUACAAGGUGAAUGUAUAAAUUCUUCUUUAUUGAAAGGGAAUGCUUCUUCCGGGAAUUUAUCAAAUGCUAAACAUCAUUCCUCCUCUUCAGGUGUACGAAAUUCAGAAUCCUUAUCAUCUUCAUCGAUGUAUUCAUCAUCAACACAUCCUGCUUCAUUACUACAUCAAGCUAGUGAACGUCGUCUUGUACAAAAUACAUUGUAUCGUACUUGUUUGCCAUCGGUGGUUCUCCAUUGUCUAGCCUCUUGUGUAACAAAAGUACAUUGGCCUAAAACUAAUAAAUUAUGGUCUGAUUAUACAACCUGUAGUGGAAUAAGGAAACUGCCUACCUGUUUACAAUUAGUUCUUGUGAAUGAUUUACUAUCCAACUUACCAAACACCUUCUAUACGACACAACUACAAAUUCUGUUGAAACUAUUCAAUAGAAUACUUCAUUUAAAGCCAUGGUACGGUUAUGCUGAUCGUAUGUCAGUAGUGAAGCAGAAUCCAUCAUCAUCAUCCUCAUCAUCAUCAACAGCAACAGCAACAACAACAGAGUUAUUCUACAACAGUUUAUUAUGGCCAGUCUUUCAAAAUAUUUUAUUGGAUAAUGAAUCAACCAGUUAUGAGUUACCAGUUAAUUUUAUCCCAGAUAUAUGGUCCAAGGCUUGUAAUAAACUGCCUAGACCGCUUAACUGUGAACCAUUGUUUCGUACGAAUUGUCUGACUGCACUUUGGUUUAUUCCUAAAUGUUCAAAUAUAGGCAGUGAAAGAGAUCAAGCUAGUUUAUUCACAGAAUUAUUGUCUAUUGGUUUAUCUUCACCGCCGGAACACCUAACCGAUUAUGCAAGUACUCCAAGCUUUCUUACAGCACGUUUAGAUUUACAUCCAUUGUGGUAUCGUUUUAUAUUUAAUAGUUUAUCGUAUUGGGGUUGGUUUGUUGGACCAUUGGUUCGUGUGACUAUGAAGCAAGUGUGUUUAAGUCUAAAUAAAUUCUCUGAUCGAGCUUUAAAUGAUAUACAACAGCGAAAUACUACGAGUUUAAAUAAAGAAUCACAAGUAUCCAGCAAUGCAGAAUGGAAUCUUAUACCACCUGAUUAUACUUUAAUUUCAUUGGCUUUAAUUCAAGGAAUUUGUCAUGCAUUUCUUCUCCCUGGAGGUAACGCUAUUCUGUCUGCACUGUCUUUAUCUCGUAAAGCACCUUCACUUCAAACAACCAAUUCAUUACGUGGUAAUCCACUCAGUGUUAGUUACUUGUCUGGUCUACCUGAUUCAAUUGAAUGCGCUGUAGAAAUUGCUGAAAUACUCAGUCAUCAUCAUAAAUUGAAUCCUGGAAAUUAUUCUAGUGGAAAUCCUACAACAGAAGUGACUAAUAUCGUUCCAGUAUUCGAUCCUUUAUUCCCGUCUCCUUUAACAGAGAACGUGGACAAUUGUUCAAAUAUAAUACAUCCAACUGGUGUCAAUGCCUCCAUGAAUGGUGCUGCAACUAAUGAACCAGCUGUUAUUUUAAAUUCUGGGAAUAAUGAAGAUAAACUUGAAACAAAAGAGGCUCCUAUUCAUUCUCCGAAUACAACUGUAAUCUUUCUCAAUCGUGUAAAAAAUUCUCAAAGCACCAAUAUCAAAGACGAUAUUCUAAAUCCUGAGUAUCAUCCGUUUAUUCAAGCUCAAUCAGAAUUACUACGUUUAAUGCCUGAUAUAUUCACUAGCCUAGCAACACUAUGGAAUGCAUUCAAUCAAUCACCGUUAAGUCAAUGCACAAGAACAAAUUUCUAUCAGUCAUCUGCUCUAUUGACAAAUCGUUAUCCAGAAAAGGAACACUGGCCAGCAUCAAUGAUUUCUGUCCCAUCUGAACGAUUGCCUUCACUGACUAGUCUUGGUUCAGCUGGUCUUGUACGCGGUGCUAUUCGUCGAUUGCUGAAACCUAUUGCUGCACAACAUCCAGACUUAAUUCUUAUGACUACAGCUGUAGCUUGGCCGAAUACAAUUUUUGACAAUGAAAAUGGUGGUCUCCUUUCUGGUUGUGAUAAUUUAUUGAACUAUGGCCCAUUGGAUAUGCUUAUACCUAUUCGAAUGAGAAAUGAUAGUGGAGCAUCGGACGUAUACUCAAUUCCUUUGCAUCAAAAACAGAUAAAUCUGUUGGAUUUAAUAAGUGGUCGAACAUACAAUGAUAGACAUUAUGGUCCAAUACUACCGGCAACAGUAUUAGUCAAUAAUUUACGUGAUUCUAUCCGUCGACCAAUGAAUAAUACAUUCUUGUCAACUGUAAUUAAUGCUGUUUCCAAUAGUACUACAGGCUUUUCAUUCCAAGAUGUGUAUGCGACAUCGGUCAGUAGUGGGAGUAAAAGUGUAAAUUCUAAUCCUGGGCUGAAUAUUAUUCGUGUACAGAUCAGUUUAUUGCACUUAUUCUAUGCAUGGCUUAUUAUGAAACCAGAUUUUAUAUCAGCUGAUUUAUUGCUUAUCUUGGUAAGAGAUUUAAUCAAUAUGCCAGUGAUGACGAAUUUUACGCCUCCCAGUAGUAAUAGCAGUACUACUACUACUUCUACUGCAUCAUCGACAACGGGUCUUCCACCGGUAGCAAUAUUCAUUCUCAUCAAAAUUUUUGGCAAGCUGUUGGACACAGCUACUUCUAGUGAUGAUAAACGGGAACAGAGGGAAUUACAGGAACUAUGUCAUCGACUUCUUGAAACGACAGCAUCUAUUGCAGCAUCUGCUUUGCAUCAACCUUCAUGGUUCCGUAAAACACUGCAAGUACGCCAACUUGAUACAGAUUUAAGCAGUACAACAGUGAAUUCCUCUGAUUUAUGCGAUAAUAUAUCUCUUCCUGGAUCUGAAAUUUAUGAGUAUUCUUUCAAAUCUGAUCGAAAUGGCAAUUCAAGUAAUUCAACUAAUUCACACUUCUCUACAAUACAACAAUCAAACAGUUCAGGAUACUCUACUAAAGAAGUGUUGUAUGAUAAUUUCAGCCCAACAUUGCAGUCAUCAGCAUCAUCUUCGUCAUUAUAUCAGUCAAAAUCGCGUCUUUCUUCAGUCAACAUGUUGACUAAUGAAAUAACACGUAUUCGAAUGCGUAAUGAUGUUACAAUACAAGCUAUAGAAUUAUUAACAGAGAAUAUGGCAAUAUUUUUAGACUUAGUCUACAAAAGUGAUGAAAAAGAUCGUAUAUCAACAUUUUUAAACAAUGUUUUAUGCAAUAUUUUCCCGUAUCUUCGAGUUCGAAUGUUGAGUAAUUCAGAUCAUUUUACUGUAGCAAGUAAAUUGAUUGCAUCUAUCAGUAGUUACCAGUAUACACGUAAAUCAUGGCGUCGUGAUGUUUUAGACUUAUUCUACGAACCAGUAUUCUUUCAAAUGACACCAGUUGCCUUACAGAGUUGGAAUUUAAUUGUUGAUAAUUUAAUGACACAGGAUAAAAGCACUUUUAAGGAGGCUUUAGCCCGUUUUGUAUUCACUCAACCGGGUGGCUUGAAUCUGUUUACAAAUAAAGAAACGGAAUAUGAACUUCGUGCUGCUUGUCUAAAGAAAUUAUCGUACUUAGUGUAUGCCAGCGAACCAGAUCAGUAUGCUAAAGCGAUGCCGGAUUUAUUGGAACGUCUUACCGAAUGUCUACGCUUAGGUCAAGGUAUUAUUCCCGUAGUUCAUGCUCAAGUGUUUCUCUUCGCUCGGGUUUUGAUAUCUCGUAUGUCAGCGAUACAAUUAACCUCCUUAUGGCCAAUUGUUGUACCAGAAUUGUUUCUUACAUUCAAAUCACUAUCACAGGCAAUACGAGAUUAUAUUUCUAAAAUCCAGUCAAAGAAAGUCAAAUCAGAUAUUUCUUCGUUAACAUUUUUGUCUGCAUCACAAAUGAGUUUAUAUCUUGGUGCAUGUAAAUUCUUAGCCACUAGUUUAUUGUGUCCAGAAAGUAAAGUACCACAAUUUUCUUAUUAUCAAUGGGCAUUUGUUAAGAACUUCACUCUUGAUGAUGUCAGUAAUCAGGAGAAUAUUGAAAAUGCUAUUGGACCAAACAAUCAUAAAAUGCCAUCGUUUGUUCCUCUUCUUGCCGAUGUUCUCGCACAAAUUGAAAAUUUACAAGAAGUGGACAUGUCGAAUGGGAUUGAUAUGACAUCUGCAGGAAAUACCUGCACACUAUAUCAAGGUUGUUUCAGUCUACUGGCUUUAGAUAAACUUGUCAAUAUUUUUGCGCUUAAACCAUUUCUAGAAAGUUUGAAGAAUAACUCAAAUCUUGAAUCGUCAUCAUCAUCAUCACCAUCAUCACAAAAGGUGCCAAUGUUCACUGAAUGUCAACUAAAUGAUACUUUCCUUCUUGAAUUGGCGUUAGAAGCAUCUCUUGCUCAAGAAUUCCCAGAGACAAUUGCAUCACGAUAA